ACGACAUUUUAUAAUAGCACACCCAAGGUCAGCCGGUUAAUUAGUGGGACUGGCAAGGUUAUUUGUGACACCUAUCUGGGGUCGUAUAUCUACGCCUCACUAGUUAGUUCCAAGUUAUUGGUUAAGAAUGCAUUAUUGGAUUCUUCCCAGGGACAAACUUUGUCGAGAAGCUUGUUUAUAUCAUUCAAAAGACACACUUGUGUUAAUUGGUAGUACCUGAGAGAUAAAGUCGAUAGGCGACGGAUAUUUUGUGAAUGGCGGAAUAAUUACGUUUCGGGCCGAUUCACCCAGGCACGUCGUUGCGGCCUCUUGCCGUGCGUGCUUCUUGCUGUCGCAGACCUUGCCGACUACUCAUAGAUUUCGAGCAGUGUCUUCAUAAUAUUAUGUCAUGGGCUCCGUCUAAACCUCAUUGGACACUGUAGCUAUACUACCUUGAGCACUACUCGUCACAUUAUUCACCAUUAUUCACCACCCCAUCUUAUAUCAGGGUAAGCUUGUGAAUUCUAGGUGUCGAUUUAUAUUGCAUAAUUUCCAGCCUUUUUGAGGAGGAAAUAGGAAUUAUAUUAUUCAUGAGUACAUGUAUUGCAUGUAUAAUCACUGUUUUACUUGGCAAUGUCAUCGCGUCUAGUAGCCAACAAGCUAAAUUGCGCGGUGGAUUUAUACAGCUCUGUUAUACACACAUCCAUUUGAAAGUGUAUUGUACAUUGUUUAUUUUUGGAAAAUGUAUAAUCGACAAACUGGUGAGACUGAGUGUAUAGUUUUGACAAACAACUGACGCUUAUUGUUUAUUCUAUCUUUUAUUAACAGGGUUUUUUUUAUUGGGAUUGUAUAUCAUUGACGUACAUCAGAUGGAAUAAAAUUUAAUCAAGCAUUGUAUAUAAGAGUGCUGCGUCCAAGUUUCUUCGGGCUCCCUAUCCACCUCAUCGUAGAUGGACCACCAGCCUUGGAUUGUCCCAGGGUCGACCAUACUACUACAGAAAAUGGCGUCGUAGACAGGAUACAGGGGCUCUAGUCGACGCAAGAGCAUCAAGAUAACAUUGUUUAUAUUUGGAACAAAAAAACCUCUGAUAUAUAUAAAUUUAUCAGUCUCAGUGGUGUAAAAAAAAAAAAAUUGGUUGGUGCUCAGAUUUAGCUGUCUAUUUCAAAGGCAUUGUAUGACAUCAUUCGAAUUCUAUGUUUAUGUAAAUGAUUUAUAGUGUUGCAGGUCACUUAUGUAGUUUGGAGUAGUGAAUAAAAGAACACCUUUAUACAAGUAUAAUAAUUAGGUGUAUUUGAACAAAGCAGGAUCUGGGGAGUUUAUCAUUAGGUGCAUCCAGAUUCUAACGCUCGAAAUAAGUGAGUCAAUUCUGUUCCUGUUGAGAAAAAAAAAACAGCAGGUCAGGUGUAAAGUUUUGUCGAGUAGCCACUAUUUGCUCCUGGUGUCACUGGUGGAGGUUACCCUGUGAUUGGGAUUUCUAAAUUUUUGAUUGUAUAGCCUGAAUAUUUUUCUGUCGAGUCUGGUUCUUACCAUGGCAAUGCCGGAAGGUUUGGCUGACGUCAUUGCUCAGUCCAACAAGGCCUUGGCCGAAACGUUGGCAGGAGCUUUUCAAAACCUAAGAUAUCAGCGGGCUCCGACCAUCAGAUUAGCUAAAUUCAAUGGAGUGCCGCGCAAAUCGGGUGAUCAGACAUUAAGGGAGUGGCUCGGUGAUUUAGAUACCUACGCGAGACAACUAGGUCUCUCGGGAAAAGAGUUGGUUAGCACGGCUAUAGACCACCUGGGGGGUGAGGCCAAGGAGGAGGUCCUCUGCUGUCCUGCAACAGAAAAAGAGAAUUUUGAAGGACUCUCGGCGCUACUGUUGCGUAGGUUUGGCUCUCCGGAGUCUGUUCAGUCACUUAAUGCUUCCUUUUACAGUCGUGUCCAGGAAGAUGGUGAAACCUUGGCGGAGUAUAGCAGGGCUCUUAUGCGUCUGUAUGGCAAAAUAGAGUCGACCGCUGAGGGAUCCCAUGAAAAGGGAGCUGUUGUCCAGUUGAAGGAGAAGGCCCUGAGGGAACAACUAAUUCGAGGUGUUCGAGAUGUUUCAGUACGGAGAGAGCUUCGGAAGUUGACCUUGGACCGUCCAGAUGUCUCUUUCUAUGAUUUGCGAGAAUUGGCUCUGAGUCUGCUUGCUGAUGCCGACGAGGUUCCUGAGGAAGUAGACCUGCGCGCAGUCGAAAAGGGGCGAAGCCGAAACCCAGGUGGAGCAACAGGGUCUACGUCUACCCAUAAUUCUGGUGUAGAUAAUCAAAAGUUGCUGUCAGAGCUACUGGAAGGACAGAAACAACUUCAGACAGCUGUCCAGUUACUGGUCCAGCAGCAGACUCAGAUGAGUACUCAGCUGCAGAGUGUUUCAAACUCACUGCAGUCCUGCGUCAUCAAGUCUCAGGCCCAGGAGCGAAGGAAGAACAACCGGAACCCAGUGACUUGCACCUUCUGCCACAAACAAGGGCACUCAGAAGAGAAAUGCUACGCUAAAAAGCGAGCCCAAGACGCCAGCAACAAAGAAGUAACAUCGGGGCAGGCUUCCCCAUCGGGAAACGCCCUGCCUCCGUCUUAA